UCUCUCCCUUUCCCCAUCACUUUUCUUCUUUACCCAAUAGAGGCUGCGCGGCAGUGAGCGGCUAGGUCGCGCGUUGAUGACGUACAGUUGCGUCACGACUUCAUUUCCCUUCUCUGAGAGCUUCUCUUCCGCCGCACGUGUUCAGACCUCAGGCCGCAACAACGAGGAAAAGUGCAGAAGAUAUACAAAAGGACCCUCCUCUCCCCUCGGUGGUGGUCUUCAGGUUCUGGGCUGUCCAUGUGAAAAGGGGAAUCUUAGAAGAGGCCAAAAGGAGAGAAGAGUUUCACAUGGAAAGUGAAACCUCGGCCAAAAGAGGGUGACAUGGCUCAGGGAGUGGUGCACAUUAAACAAGAGGACUGUGAGUGGGUUGCAGCAGAGGGUUGGUGUGUGAAGGUGGAGGAAUGUGAAGGAGGAGUUUCACUUUUUAAAGAGGAGGAGGAGGAGGAAGAGGAGCCCAUGGGGGAGGUUAUUAACAUUAAAGUCGAGGAGUGCGAAGAUUUAUCAAUUGGUCUUGCACUGCAACACGAUGACACGGGGAGCCGUUUCAAGCAAGAGAUUGGUGACGAGUUUCAUUCCAGGUUACAGCCCUGGUUCACUAAUAUGGGACCACUGGCUACCCAGCAGAACCUCGUAGAGCUGAAAUCGGAGCCUGAAGAGGAGAUCAAUGAAGGAAAGUGGAGGAGAGACGUGGAAGAGCAGCAGUCAUCUAGGAGUGUGGCGAGAAAUUCCCAGGAGAACUGUAGCUUCUCCAUGUCUUCACUUGCUCAGCCGUCUUUUCAGUGCAGACUGCAACACCAACAAAACAAUGGAAAGAAGAAGAACUCAAAAAGAGGAUCGGAGAAUUUGACGGCACCCUCUUUGCCAUGCAGUUCUAUUUCUGCUGACACACACACAGAGAGAGGCUCCAUCAGCACCGAUCAACAAGCAGUGCAUAAUACCAAUCAGCUGGCUUUGUACUCCAGCCGAGAGUGUGGACAAACGUUUAAAAAUGAAUCUGAAUGCAAUGAUGGAUCAAUUUGUACGAAUCAGAAACCGUAUGCCUGUUCUGAGUGUGGUAAACUAUUUUCAUACAGAAACAGUCUUCAAACACAUAAAAUGAUUCACAUUGGAGAUAAGCCCUACAGCUGUGCAGAGUGUGACAAACGAUACUCCAGUAACAGUGCUCUUCAGCGGCACACCCGCAUUCAUACCGGAGAGAAGCCAUACAGCUGCGACAAAUGUGGCAAAAGAUUUUUUCAUAACAGCAGUCUUUACAAUCAUUCAAAAGUUCACAUGGAAGAGAAGCCCUACUGCUGUUCCGAAUGUGGUAAAAGAUUCUCACUUGUAGGUAAUUUGUAUGACCACUUAAGAAUUCACAGUGGAGAGAAGCCUUAUUGCUGUAGCGAAUGUGGGAAACAGUUCACACGAGUAAGCAGCCUACGGAGUCACAUCAGAAUUCACACUGGAGAGAAACCUCACUCAUGUUCAGAAUGUGGCAAGCGAUUCUCACGAACAAGCAGUCUUCACUUCCACUCAAGAGUUCACACGGGAGAGAAACCUCACUCUUGUUCAGAAUGCGGCAAACGAUUCUCGCGAACAAGCAGUCUUCAGACUCACACAAGAAUUCACACUGGAGAAAGGCCAUAUUGGUGUUCAGAAUGUGGCAAACGAUUCUCUAACAGUAGCCAUCUUCAGAUGCACAUGCGAAUUCACACGGGCGAGAAACCGUAUUGCUGUUUGGUAUGUGGCAAACUCUUUGCACAACUGGGCAAUCUUCAUAACCACAAAAAGGUUCACAUUGGAGAAAAGCCAUAUUCUGUGCGCGCAUCUCACUCUCUUUAUCGGCCCUCAAGUUCAGAUUUCUUUCAGGCCACAAGAACAAGUAUAAGAAGAGGGGAAGAUAAAAAGGAGUCUCCUUCCCGGGUCACAUGGCCAUGCAAUGAGCUCUCUAGUGGCCUCCUGGCUGUCCAUGCGAGAAGAGAAAUCUUAGAAGAGGAGAGCAGACGCUUUGGGGGAGAGAGAAAAAAGUGUUUUACAGGGAGCAUGGCCUGCGCCAAAGAGGGCACUGGCACAGGUGAAAGACUGGCCUGUGUUAAACAAGAGGAGCAUGAGUGGGGCACACCCACAGGUUUGGAUGUGAAGGCAGAGGGCUGUGAAGGAACAAUUUCAGGGUUUAAAGAGGAGGAGGGCAAGGAGGAGAGUGUCGAUGUGAAAGUUGAGAAUUUGGACGGAUUCUCCGUGGGUCUUGAACUGCAAAACCCCAAAACUGGGCAAAUGUUCAAACAAGAGAUUUGUGAAGAAUCUCCUUCCACUUUACAGAGCCGGACCGCUAAUAUGGGACAACUGGCUACCUGGCAGAAUUCUGUGGAACUGAAAUCUGAGUUAUCAGACUUGGAUGAAAAAGUCCAUGAAGGAGAAGAAGACCAGCAGUUAUCAUCUAGGAGUGUUGGGAAAAAUUUCCAGGCGAAUGGAAGCUACUCUGUGUCUUCAUUUACUCAGAAAUCUCUUCAGUGCAGCCUUCAAAACAAACAAGAUACGAAGAAAUCAACAAGAGGAUUAAAGAAUUUUACAACAGCCUCUUUACAGAGCAGUUCUCUUAAUGCCGUGAAACUAAUAAAGAUGGAAACCAUCACCACUGAUCAACAAGAAAUGUGUAAUACAGACCAGGAGGCUUUAAAUGCCAAACAACAAUGUGGAGAAAACUUUAAAAACAAAUCUUACAUUAAAGAUAAGUCAAUUCAUACAAUUCAGAAGCCACAUGCCUGUCCAGAAUGUGGCAAACUGUUUCCACACAGAGACAGUCUAUACAGGCAUAAAAGAAUUCACACUGGAGAAAAACCUUACUGCUGUCCAGAGUGUGGCAAACGAUUCCUCAAUAAGAGUGCUCUUCAGCGGCACAAACGCAUUCACACUGGAGAGAAGCCACACAGCUGUGUCGAAUGCGGCAAACAAUUUUCCCAUAAAAGCAGUCUUCAGAAUCAUUCAAAAAUUCACACUGGAGAAAAACCUUAUUCCUGUUCAGAAUGUGGUAAAGGAUUCUCACUUUUAUGUAAUUUUUAUAGCCACUUAAGAAUUCACAGUGGCGAGAAGCCAUUUUGCUGUAGUGAAUGUGGGAAACGGUUCGUACAAGGAAGCAGCCUACACAAUCAUAUCAGAAUUCACUCUGGAGAGAAACCUCAUUGUUGUUCUGAAUGUGGCAAACGGUUUUCACAAGUAAGCAGUCUUCUGACCCACACAAGAAUCCACACUGGAGAAAGACCCUAUAGCUGUUCACAAUGUGGCAAACAAUUCUCUAACAGUAGCCAUCUUCAGAAGCACACACGAAUUCACACUGGAGAGAAGCCAUUUUGUUGUUCUGAAUGUGGCAAACGAUUCUCUCAGAAUGUCAGUCUUCUGAAACAUGCACGCAAUCAUAAAGGAGAGAAGCCAUAUUGUUGUUCAGAAUGUGGAAAACGAUUUUCUAAUCGUAGCGGUCUCCAAGGGCACAUAUUAGGUCAUACUGGAGAAAGGCCAUAUUCUUGUUCUGAAUGUGGAAAACAAUUCUUUUAUCAAAACAGUCUUCGGCGACACACAAGAAUUCAUUCUGCAGAGAAACCUUAUUGCUGUGCUGAAUGUGGUAAAGGAUUCUCACAAAAUGGCAGUCUUUUGACACAUGUACAAAUUCAUACUGGAGAAAAAACAUAUUGCUGUUCUGAAUGUGGCAAGAAAUUCUUUACCAACAGAGGUCUUCGGCAACAUGCACGUAUUCAUACUGGAGAGAAGCCAUUUUGCUGUUCUGAAUGUGGCAAACGAUUCUUGGACAGUAGCUCUCUUCGUCAGCAUACAAGAAUUCAUACUGGAGAGAAACCAUAUUGCUGUUCUGAAUGUGGUAAACGAUUUUCACAAAGAGGCAGCCUUAAGUACCACUCAAACAUUCACGCUAGAGAGAAAAGAAUCGCAACUGAGCCAGCUGUGGAAAAAAACAACUGAAACUGUGCCAAGGUGCUUAGGUCUGCAGGUCUCAUUUAGACUCUCUCAUCUUACGAUCAAUCUGUGUGAACUGAAGACAAGUUGUGGUGCUACAGUAAAUUUACAGGAAUAAUACCAGUAUGACAAAAAUGUCUUGACUAAAACAUGACUGAUAGUGCACAAAUGCCAUGGGAGAAUUUCACCCUGCGAGAAUCCUCAUUGGUUUUCUGAAUGUGAGGAAAAGAUUCUUACAAAAACGUAAAUUUCUGCAACAUGUCAGAAUUCAUACGGGAGAGAACCUGGGUUUACAACGGCUACUGCGCCAGCCAAGAAAAUGUGCGGUAAAACCUCAGGCUGCAAUAUUUGAUGUGCAGGCAUUACAAGCUUAGCUAACAAAAAUGACCAGAAGGUGGCACUCAUGAGCCCUCAUUUGUUCUUAAUUCGUUUAAUCUUGCACUGUGCAUGUUUAAAUCUGUUUAACAGGAAAUUUUAAACCUUCUCCUGUUUGUCACUUGCUAUUUUGGAAAGCUUUUUGAAGUGUACAGUAUGUUUUGACUAUAUUGACUUUAUAUGCUUUAAAGAACGUUUUCCUGUUUAACAUUUUCUGUGAACACUUGUGUUUGUCAGCAGUGUCGAUGUCACUAUCAAAGAUGAAGGCCUAGUAGAGUCCAAAAACACAUCGGCCUGAUGGGCAACAAUAUACAUAUUCAUUGUUAAAGUUCAAAUCCUGGAUAUUAUGGCUUCGUUGACCCUCUGGACUGCGGUGGGCUGCCACCCUGCCCGGAGUUUGUUUCCUGCCUUGCGCCCUGUGUUGGC